AUAUAUAUAUAUAUAUAUAUAUAUACAUCGUGUUUAUUAAAGCAUAGGCUUUUACAUCUAUAUUUGUAAAAUAUUAAGUUUUAUUCUUAGCAGUACAUUGUUCUGUUUGUUAUUGUUUAUUGUUGGUGUAUUGUACAAACGACGGUGGCCUUUGAAAUAUUCGUAUUUGGGGUUUUUUUUGUAUUAUGGCUUCAAAUCAAAAUUUACUUUAUCAAUAAUUACAACUCUUUCAAAAAAAAAAAAAACAUAAUAUUAAAAGUUUCAUUCAGCAAUCUGUUAUACCUUAUAUUCCGCAUGGAGUCGUCACAUGACAGAAAAUUUCCAUAAACGUUAAACCCCACACUCCUUAGAAUGUACGGGCAAAUGCAAUUUUUACCAACACAAUAAGCGGCUGGGUUAUAUGGCCAUUAAUGCCAAUUAUUAUAUAAAUCAAUUUUAAAAAUAGCAUUAUCCACUGCACUGCAUCCUCUACUAAUGUGGUCCAGAUGGGUUGAUGACACUUACGUUGUUAAUUGGUAUUCACGAAAAAGGCCAUAAUGAUUAUCAAAAUACUGACGUAUAUUAAUUUCAAUAUAGAAGUUGAAGGAGACAAACUUGAAUUCCUUGACACUUAAUAACAUUAUAGGUCUAUUAAAGAGUACAGCAUUAGAAUAACCAGAUUUCAGAAACUCAACCCAUACUAUGAUGAAUGUUUUAAUAUUGACUCAUGUAUCAUUAUAAUUGAUCCGAAGAAAUCAGUAGUUUGAGAUUUAAUAGCCCCAUCUGGAGCAAACCCUUUAGCACGUGUGAUGUUUAAACAAGCAAAAAAGACAAAUUAUCACCAUAUUUUGAAUGACAUGAACUUGAGAUAAACGCUGAAUUGUUUACAAUUAAGAAAAUUCAAAUCAGCUUUUGCUUUGCAUUUCUUGAGUAGUUUUUCUAGGUUCCUCAAUUCUGACUUGCUAACAUCGCUGUUAUAGCCUAAAUGAAUAAUAGAAUCAAAAGAUCGAAGCAAAAUCAAGGUGAACACAAAUUUUAACGAAAUAAAGCAUUUAUUUGCAAACAUGUUUCCUCUGCUUCCUACAGGCAUCAUCAGUGCUAAGACCAAUUACUGAAAGACUGAAUAAAAUAACAGCUCAGGUGUCGUGACACUUAUCUUACAUUAACGUUUAAAAAACACAUUGCCAAAGUUUAAUUCCAAUGUGUAAACUACAUUUGACUUACUGCUUUUAUUGCUUUUUCAUACCACAUAAUUUCAUAUAAUUUAGAAUAAUUUUACCACAUAGUGAUUUCUUAAAAAUUAUUUUUACGUCUGGGAUUAUGGCAAAAACUCAUGAAACCACUGAUGAAUUGAAAGUAUAUCUUGAAUUGCACAUGUAGGCUUAGGCCUACUUACAAUUCAACGGUUACCGUAGUUCGAGUAUUUCUGAGUUUGUGUUCUUAGAGCAAUAUGUUCCUCUGCCACAGUGUCGCUGCGCUGGUGUUUGUUGUCUUGUGUUACUGCGAAGUAACUACAUCGCAGCAACAUAAUUUGAAUUGUCAAUUUGAAAGUGACCUUUGUGGGUUCCGAAACGAUGAAAACGACGAUUUAAAUUGGAUCCGGAGAAGUCAAAGUUUUGGUAAUUUCCUGUCACUUUCGUCUACACAUCAAUCAUUGGAGCAAACCGGUCGAAUUUUUAGCCCGAUUAUGGCUGAAUUUAGCACAGCCAAAUGUCUCGAAUUUUACUAUAGUACCAACGACACCACUGCUACAUUGAACGUCUAUAUUACGAAAGCUAAUGAACUACAUUAUGACAAUAUGAUAUGGUGGACGAAUUCAUCCAGUGGAAACCAUUGGAGACACAUUUUAGUUGACCUGACGAGUAUUAAUCAAGCAUAUAAGGUAUUAUUUGAAGGGAAGAUACGUGCGAGUAGUAAUGUUUGGAUAAAACUCGGCAACAUUGCACUUUUAAACAACGUGUGUUUUGACAAUUUUUUAUGCGACUUUGAAGACUCUUUUUGUAUGGUUCAAUCUAAUAAUGAUAAUGGUGAUUGGCAACGGAACAGCGGCACGACAAGUUCAGGAUGGACUGGACCAACAAACGACCACACCCUCGGCACAUCCCAGGGACACUACGUAUACUUAGAAGGAAUUUAUGGUCAUUACCACUACUCUUUUUGGUUUUGGGGUCACAGUUAUUUUCAUCGUACUAACAACGAUUAUACUGUUCGGAUGGAGACUCCAACUAUACGUUCAUCCAGCGAGGUUCAUGACAGGUGCCUGGUAUUCUGGUAUCAUAUGUAUGGGAAUCACAUCGAGACACUAAACGUUUAUCUCUUACCGAAUGGAGAACCUAAUGAAUCAGAAGUCUUUACAAAAUCCGGUAAUGGGUUUAACGUGUGGAAAACAGCACAUGUCACUAUAACCGAGACACGUAACUUCAAGAUUAUAAUUGAAGGAACCAGCACUGGUUAUCAAGGCGAUGUAGCAAUCGACGAUAUAAGCAUAUUAUUUCAAAAAUGUGUCAUAGGUUUUCAAUGUGAUUUCGAUCACGACAUUUGUGUUGAACAAGAUACAACUAAUGAUGAUAAAAAUUGGAGCAUUGGUAGAUUCAUUGAAAGUCCCAUUCAGUGGCUGAGAGACCAUACGUCUGGUUUAGGUAAAUAUGCCUUCCGAAGCGCAGACAAUUUCCGUCUACAUGAAACUGCCACCAUUUUCUCUAAACUACUGACGUCGGAAACGGGCGAUAAACUUUGUUUGAAAUUUUGGUAUUGCGUGAAGGGUAAAGACGCAGGACAAAUUUUCGUGUUUUUGGUUAAUUCGGAGAACGAACCCAUGAGUUUAAUUUGGAGCGAACAUACUACAGAUCGAUUUGACGUGUGGAGAGUAGCAGAAGUAUAUUUUACACCGUAUGAUAACUAUAAGAUAUCAUUUGAAGCCCACGGACGUGAUGGAAGCGAUGGAGUUCUUGCCAUUGAUGAUAUUGAAAUCAACAACGGACCCUGCACCAUUCAAGACGAAUUCAAUUGCACCUUUGAGGAUGGUUUCUAUCUUGAAAAGACUGGAAAUAGUGAUACUUAUGAAUGGAGUCUCCACAACCGCUUCGUCACCAGCACAGGACCAUUUUAUGACCAUACUAUCGGGGAUGAACAAGGGUAUUAUGCAUUUAUCGAUACAAACGAACAGAACGGCGUUAAUGAUACAGCAAUAAUGCUAACACCACUGAUCCACAACAUUGGAGAAGACGAAACUAAGUGCCUAAUAUUCUGGUACCACAUGUAUGGAAUUCACAUACAAAGUCUGGAGGUUUACGUGUUAUCAUUGGCGGAGUCUCUGCCAGGGAAGCUGGUGUGGAGCAAAUCGGGAAACAGAGGAAAUAUAUGGAGGGCGGCAGAAGUUGAGAUCAAAGGAAGAAGCAACUUCCAAGUUGUAUUCAGAUCAGAGAGAGGUGAUGGAAUUGACGGUGACAUUGGUGUUGAUGAUAUCAUCAUAAAAAAUGGAUCUUGCAUCAAUACUGAUACUAAAGAUGUAGUCAAUGUGACUUGCCAAUUCGAAGAGCCAAACCUGUGUGGCUAUACACACUUAGAAGAUAAUGCAUUUAAUUGGACGUGGACGAAUAGCGCUCUUGGAUCAAAGGUCGAAGCACCAGGAGUUCCCGAAGUGGAUCACACUACAUCAAGUGGUUUAGGAUUCUAUGUAUUGGCUGAUUUUAGGCAGUCCAAACUGUUAAGAGAAGUAGCCCGAUUGCAAUCUCCAGUAAACAAUGAGACGUCUCUACAAUGUCUUGAAUUGUGGCACUUUAUUCAUGGAACAAACACGCAAGAAUUUCGUGUUUUAUUAAAUCUGACAAGUACAAUUGAAAAGUUGUUGUCUAUAAAAGGAAAUCGGGGUCCGUUUUGGCAGAAAACUACUAAGGAAAUUUCACCAACAGAUAAGUACUCGAUUAUUUUUGAGGUUUUGUCUGGGGCGUGGCCAAUAGGUGUAGUUGCGAUUGAUGACGUCAAGGUCACAAGAGGAAACUGCGAAAUCGUCCCAACCUCAACGGCACCAGAACCAGUAACCGUGUUGGAAGUUGAUUGUGGAUUUGAAUCGAAUGAUCUAUGUGGGUACAUUCAAGACGUUAAUGAUGACUUUGAUUGGUCCCUGAAGACGGUAGCUGAGCUUGAAGAAUUUUAUAAGUCAUUAGGGCAGACGGGAGUGGGUCACGAAUGGUAUCCACCUACUGACAAAUCAAUCCUGCAUUCGAAUACAGGAACUUUCCUAUUUGCCGAUCUUUAUCAGUAUUCGUCGAAGCAUGGAAAAGCGCGUAUAUUGUCUCCAUUAAUUAAAAAAACUGAAAGCCAAACGUGUUUGAAGUUUUGGUUCUACAAACAAGGGUUUGAAAGUGCAUUUCUGAACGUUUACAUGCUAAAACACAAUGAUCUAUUCCACGGGGAUCCUCUCUUAGCGUUAUAUGGAAGCUAUGGAAAUCAAUGGAUUCUACAGCAAGUUGAUAUACCACUGUCAUCAAAACCGUUUCAGAUUAUAUUUGAAUCAGUAAAAGGGAAAACGUAUCAUUCAAGUGACUUUAUUGAUGAAAUUGAUUAUGAAAGGUCGCCAUGUCCUAAUGAUAUUGUAUGUGACUUUGAAGACGGCUUUGGGGCUUGCCAGAUCUCUAAUGAGGAUCGUACCCUAAGCAAGUUUCAAUGGAAACUUUCACGGGGUUUCACAGCAACAGAAGGGACCGGACCAACAGCAGACCACACGUAUGGUAAUGGCACAGGCAUGUACGUGUAUAUCGAAACGUCGCAGCCUCAGCAUCCAGGCGAUAGGGCCAGUUUAUCUACCAUAUACUGGAAGAAAAUACAGCGAGAUGCAUGCCUUAAGUUUUGGUAUUAUUGCGAUAGCAUCUUCUCGGGGAACUUCAUUGUUUACCACCGCAGGCUAGAUGCAAAAGAGUUAUUAUGGCAAAUGCCAAGGGUCUUUGAGAAAACUUGGUCUGAGGUUAGAAUUCAGUUAUCGCCUGCUAAAGAAUCCUACCAGAUUGUAUUCACUGGGGAAGUUGGAAAAAGUUUCUUUGGGGAUAUUGCAUUAGAUGAUAUUGUUUUAUCCUCGUCACCAUGCACAGUGUCUUCAAAUACACCGCCAAUUGAUGGCAUCGCUUCUAAGUUGAAGGUUUUGCAGAAUUACGACUGUAACCUAGAGCAAGGAAAGUGCAAGAUAGCUCAACUAGCAUCAGAUCAAUUUGAUUGGACAUUUUCUGUAUUUAAAAUCGACAUGAUAAAAUACUUAUGGCAUAUACAUCUCGAGCUAAUGGAAGGCGAGGCCAAUGAAUUAAAUCCAUUUGAAUAUAUUUCAGUUGACGAGAAGGUACAUCCUGAUCCUGACAUCGAUGAAGAUGACCACAAGGAAAUUGACUUUGAUUAA